AUGGGUGUCGUUCCUCCAAAGCCUUUUGCCAGUCAAGAUAGAAUCAUUUGGUCUUCUGCAUCUAAUGGCAGUUACUCUACUAAGUCUGGGUAUCUACUCAUGACUGGUUGCCAAUAUCACGUUAGCACGAACAGCGAGUUUGAAAUGGAUUUG